UUAUUAAAUUCCAAAAAAGCCCAUCCCACAGAAAGGGAUUUGAACAAAUCUAAGUGAAAGGAAAUGACAAAGAAAUAACGAAUAGCGCGCUCCGUCUUUCAAAGUCUCCUCCAAACAUUGCUCCUUCUUUUUCUCUCCUUUAUAUAAAACAAUCCUCUUUAACACUUCCUCUCCCAUUCCUCAUUUUCUUUUCUUUUUUUCAUUGUUCCUUUCUUCUUUCUCUUCCUUUGAAUCACUCUGUUUUUUUUUUUUUUUUUCCCUUUCUUUCAAUCUCUAUAUCGACGAUGUCUAAUAUAGAAAACGGGAGAGAGACUCUUGUUUACUUGGCCAAACUCGCCGAACAAGCUGAACGUUACGAAGAAAUGGUGGAGAGCAUGAAACAAGUGGCGAAACUUGAUUGCGAGCUGACUGUGGAAGAAAGGAACCUUCUUUCCGUGGGUUACAAGAAUGUGAUUGGUGCACGAAGAGCUUCUUGGCGGAUCAUCUCUUCGAUUGAGCAAAAGGAGGAAUCGAGAGGAAAUAAAGAUAAUGUUAAGCUGAUCAAAGGUUACCAUCAAAAGGUAGAGGAAGAGCUUUCCAAGAUUUGCACUGACAUUUUGGGCAUCAUCGACAAGCAUCUCAUCCCUUCUUCUACCUCCAGUGAAGCCACUGUUUUUUACUACAAGAUGAAAGGUGAUUACUAUCGGUAUGUUGCUGAGUUCAAGACAGAUCAGGAGAGGAAAGAGGCUGCUGAACAGUCAUUGAAAGGUUAUGAGGCUGCUUCUGCCACUGCAAACACAGAUCUUUCUUCAACCCACCCAAUUCGUCUUGGCCUUGCCCUUAACUUCUCUGUCUUUUAUUAUGAGAUAAUGAAUUCUCCCGAGAGGGCCUGUCAUUUGGCUAAGCAAGCCUUUGAUGAAGCCAUUGCGGAGUUGGAUACAUUGAGUGAGGAGUCAUACAAGGAUAGCACCCUAAUUAUGCAGCUUCUGAGAGACAACCUUACCCUGUGGACUUCUGAUCUGCCUGAAGAUGGAGGUGAAGACGGUGUAAACGGUGACGAUGUUAAGCCUACUGCUGAAGCUGAGGUAAAAGGAGAGAAACAUUGAUGAGGAAUCCUGGAGCCUGCAUGGGGCACAAUUCAAUGUUUAUAGUACUUUCCAGAACUGGGUUCUUAUGGCUUUUCUCACAAGAGGAUUGGAUCAACUAGUUUAGCCCUUUUACAAUGCUAAACGAUCAUUUUCAGUACAACCAAAACCAGAUGAAGAAAUGGAUCAGUUGAUCUAACCAUAGUUUACCUUUCACUGUUAUUUUCCACUUUUGUUGCUUUUGAUUUUAUUUAAUGUUCUCUAAUACGAAAUACUUGUUUAAAUUAUGGAUGUUUUGUUAAAUUUGUUUAAUAUUGUAUCCUCCUCCAUUGUCUGUUUGCCCUGUUUUUUGGCUUUUAUUGUGUUACAGCUUCUAUGGUUCAAACUCAGGUUGAUCAAUUGAAGGAGGCUUUAU